AGAAGAGUAACCCCAAAAUGAUCAAACAUUUGUGUAACUUUAUGCGGUUUUAAAAGUUUACGUCGUCUGUUUAAACAUGACUGAAACUAAUAUUAUUUUACCGCCUAACAAGCAAAUGGAUGUCGAAUUCGAAUUUUCCCAGAGUCCCAAUUUGUACGAUCAUUUAAUGUUUUUGAAUUUUAGUCGGGAAGGACGUGCGAUAUUGGGUAGUUCAGAUUUAACUGGCACAUUUUGGGAGGGAACUCUCUUUUAUUAUGAAAAUGUGAAUGACCUGAUAGAUUUUAAACAUUCCAAAUAUUAUAUUCACAUGACAGCGUCUGACGCAAAGUUUAUAGAUGAAGAAACGAUAGCAAUUGCAGAGGACGCAGCAAUUUUAAAUAUUGUUACACUUGACGAUUCAAGCACAAUGAAACCAAUGAACUACUUCCGUCAUUUCAAAAGGAUCCCUGAAAUCGCAGUCUGGGAAAAAUCUACAAAAAUCUUGUCCUGCUCAGGUCGUUGCGUAACUGUUUGGGAUGUAAAUAGCAGCGAUAAAAAGCCCCACUUCAUUUCACAGAAUUUACAUUUGGAUGAUGUAACCACAGUGGACACAUUUAAAAUGGAUGCUAGCCUAUUUGUUACUGCAUCAGCGGACAGAAAAGCAUGUCUCUGGGAUAUUAGGUGUGAAGUGCCUCCCUUAGUACUCUAUAGCAACGAAUUCAGUAGUCUGGUUCAAAUAUGUGUUAAUCAAAGGGAUACAAACUACCUCGCUGUAGGAACACAAGCUGGUGAUCUAUACCUAAUCGACAAAAGAGAGCCUGAGGAUUUCGUGGCCACAUUGCCUUGCUUUGAAAGUACCAUAAAUUCUUUAUCAUUUUCGGAUAGAGGCCAUUUAGGUGUUUGUGGUGAUACUAGUGAAGUGAUUGUCGUAGAUUGUUUGGAUUCUAAAUUAGAAAAAGUGUAUUCGAAUAAAGAACAUAAGGGACACGUGAAAGGGGUGCAGUGGUACCGGGAUACGUUGUACUCUUGCGGAUUUGGAAAGAAGCAACUUAUGAACCACACCGUAAAUCAAGUACUUUGAUCUGUUGACUAAUUAAUAACAAUUUGGGAAACAAUACAAACUAAUUUUAUAUUGAAUAUGGUUU